AUGGCUGCCCCUAGUGUCCUCGCGUUUGACGCUCAGGGUCGAGCCAUUGACUUUGAGGUCUGGGUCGACGACCUGCAGUUGUUCUUACAGUGCGAUAGGGCAGACGGUCUCUCUCUCUUUGACCUCACCUCUGGCGCCUCUCCUGCCCCUGCUGCUGAUGCUGACCCCACUGUUCGCUCCCAGUGGGCCACGCGCGAUGCUGCUGCACGUCUUGCUGUGCGUCGCCACCUGCCUACCACUGAGCGCGCACACUUUAGUCAGUACAAGAGUGCUCAGACCUUGUACGACGCUGUAGUUGCGCGCUACUCUUCCCCUGCCACUGCUGCACUGAGCCGCCUCAUGCUACCGUACCUCUUCCCUGACCUUGCUGCCUUUCCCAUAGUCGCUGACCUCAUUACGCACCUCCGCACUAGUGACACUCGCUACCGUGCCACGCUUCCUGCUGAGUUUCUGCGCCAAGAAACCCCCCCACAUUCGGUCGGUGCAGCGUCUGCCCCUAGCGGGAGACGCCGCUCUGGCAAGGGCAAGGGGGGCAAGGGCGCGGGUGGAGCUAGCGGGGGCGGUGGAGGUGGCGGUGGAGGCGGCGGAGGGAGUGGGGGUGGCGGUGGGAGUGGUGGCGGGGGUGGAGGUGUCGGUGGCAGCAGUGGAGGCGGAGGCGGCGGAGGCGGCGGCGGUGCUAGCGAAGGCGGCGGUGGUGGCGGAGGUGGAGGAGGCGGUGGUGGAGGAGGUGUCGGUGGUCGGGGUGGCGCUUCGCAGCGGAGCAGCCCUGGUGGUGGUCAGCGCCAACAGCAGUUGCAACAGCAGCGUUCUCGGGACAUUCCCCCCCCUCAGCAGCUCCAUGAGUUGUACGCGCAGCGUCAGCGUGGUGGGGGUUUUGGUCCGUGCACCUACGUCCUUCGCUCCGGCGACCGCGCGGGUGAGCAGUGUGGGGGUGCCCACCCCACCCAGCGCUGCUUUGGCCGCCUGACGGACGCUUGGCGUCACCAGUUCCCGGAGGCCAGUGAGAUCCCCCACUGGGGAGAGCUUUCUAGGGCAGGCGUAGCUAUCUAUGAUCUUGACUUUGAUGCUAUCCUUGCUGCCAUGUAUGCUGUGACUAUUAGUGAUGAGGGUGACUGUUACCGGUGUUUCCCGCCCGACCCGGGCAUUGGUACUGCUGCUCUAGGUGCCAGUGCGUCUGCGCCCUCAGGUGCUGGUGAGUCUGCGCUCUCAGGUACCACGUCGGCUUCGGCCUCCCUCACCUUCACACUUGACUCAGGGGCUUCUCGCUCCUUCUUUCGAGACCGCACCACACUCACGCCGCUUGGUCGGCCGGUUGCAGUCUCCCUGGCAGACCCAUCUGGGGGUCCUGUCCUCUCUCUCUUCUCCACUGUCCUCCUGUGUCCGGCUGCCCCCUCUGGCACCUUGUCUGGUCUUUACCUCCCCUCGUUCUCUACGAACUUGGUGAGUGGUGCUUACCUGCAGGAUACGGGGGUUCACCAAUUUACUCCUGCGAGUCAGCGGGUGACCCACUGCUCGGACGCUCGCACAGGCCGGCACCUGGCCACGUUUACGCGUCGGCCGGGGUCGAGCCUCUACACCCUGACCACUGGGUCUCCUCCUGUCCCUACGUCUAGCCAGGUAGCUGCGUCGGGUCAGGUGUUUGCUGCAGCGUCCAGGUCUGGUCCUGAGUCUGCCCCCUGGUCGUGUCGCCUCCUGUCUCACGAGACUCUCCUGUGGCACCACCGUCUUGGUCACCCCUCCCUGCCUCGUCUCCGAGGCAUGGCUUCCCGUGUCCUUGUCUCUGGUCUCCCCCGGUCCCUCCCUCCCCUUCCUCCAGGGCCUGGUCCUUCCUGUGUUCCCUGUGUCGAGGGGCGGCUCCGGGCUGCCCCUCACUCCUCUCAGUUUCCCCCGACAGAGGCCCCGCUGAAGACGCUCUACAUGGACGUGUGGGGCCCAGCCCGCGUCCGUGGACAGGGUCACGAGCGCUACUUCCUGCUGGUGGUUGACGACUACUCGCGUUACACCUCAGUCUUCCCCUUGCGCAGCAAGGGUGAUGUCACUGAGGUGUUGAUCGACUGGAUCCGCGCAGCUCGUCUCCAGCUCAGGAGGAGCUUUGGCUCGGACUUUCCUGUUCUGCGUCUGCACUCUGACCGAGGCGGAGAGUUCUCCUCUGGCCUUCUGCGAGCCUUCUGCCGUGCGCGAGGCAUCCGCCAGACCUUUACGCUUCCGGACUCUCCACAGCAAAAUGGGAUUGCUGAGCGCCGCAUUGGCAUGGUCAUGGACGUCGCUCGUACGUCCAUGAUACAUGCGGCUGCCCCCCAUUUUCUGUGGCCGUUUGCGGUCAGGUACGCGGCGCAUCAGAUCAACCUUCACCCCAGGGUCUCCAUGCCGGAGACCUCCCCAGCUUUGCUUUGGACGGGGAAGGUAGGCGAUGCGUCUGCGUUCCGUGUCUGGGGAUCUCGGGCGUUUGUCCGCGACUUGUCUGCGGACAAACUGCCCCUCGUGCUGCUCCUUGUGUCUUCCUUGGCUUCCCCCCUGACGCACCAGGGUGGCAGUUCUACCACCCCUCCUCUCGUCGUGUUCUGUCUGUGA